AUGCCAACGCCGCUGCUGCCACCGCCCACGCCGGCGCCAACGCUGCCACCAGCACCAGUGCCACUGCCAACACCCACGCCGACGCCGACGCUGCCACCAGCACCGGCCCCCGUCAACUGCAGCCACAUUGACUGCGCCUCGCAGUGCAGCCCGAUCUGCCAAGCCAACCACGACGCCGGCAUGGCCAAGUGCGAGAGCGACCUCGUCACCAACUUCAACGGGUGCUACGACAGCUGCACUAGCCACAUCUGCCCCGGCGACUCCUGCGUCAACAGCGGCUGCGGCUACGGUCACUGCCCUUGCGACAACGCCAACGCAACCAGCUGCUGCCAAAGGUGCUGGAGCGGUGUAUUACCCCAGUACUUUAGUUGCCGGAAUUACUACGACAGGGCUGUGGAGUACUGCAUGAGGGACUGCCAGAACACCUGCUACAAGAACUGCACCCAGGGCGCGUAG